AUGACAACUGUCGUAUGCGUCGGCAUCGCGUUGACACUAUCUAUACUCAAUGGACCGAUUGGUUUCACCGAAGCUCAAUUUCGUGGCAGAACGGGUUAUGGCGGUGGCGCAGACAGUAUUUCGCGAACAUUGUCGUAUGAUCCAACCAGUUAUUAUGGGAACUCAGAUGCUACUUCAGCAGAAAGAGAAACUGAAAUGCCAGUAGUGCUCUAUCCCGGCACCUUACGGCGUUAUCAUGAAUCGCGUAAAGGUAAAGAUCUAUCCGAGUCCAAGGACACACGAUCUACAUUUGGCCACAGCAGUUCAUUACCGGAUUAUAAGGCCUCUUAUGGUAUGAAGUCGUCCAAACGGGUAACAUUCGAUGACAGUUACAACGGCACUUCCAACGGAUAUGGGAACGGCGGGGAUUAUGCUUACCCAAACGGAAUAGGUAGUGUUCAUCAGCCAUACAUCGCACCACCGACAAAUUUCUCAACAGAUGAGUUCAAUCAAAAUGCCGGAGGAGUGCCAUCCCCAGCUGAAGCCAUGGUGGUGAAUUUACCGGAUGCUAUGCUGAAACAGGCGCAAGAUACAUUGCAUCCGAACGAUUAUGCCAGUUCAUCUACUGCAUUUGCAACCCAACCCGCCACCACACAACCUGUGGUGGUUCUACCAAUAUCAAAUGAUUCAACAGGUGACACUUCAAAACAAAAUCAAGCAGCGAAUACAUCGUUAAACAUAGCCAACCCAAGUGGCGCAGCCCUUCAAUAUGGUCAAGCUGGGUAUAUUGGCAACAAUGUGGCAUAUACAGGAAAUGCGGGUGCUGAAAACCGAAGCGAGCUCGGCCUUAACUUCAGAGGCUUAAAGUACGACGAAUCUGGAAAACCGCACUUCAGGCUGACUGUAAGUUGUGAAAAUUGUGAUAUUAACCAGGAUACUGGGGCGCCACCAAAUGAUGAACCUGUGGAGGAUGAGAACACGAAAGGCGUACACCACUCCCAUCACAAACAUCAUCAUGGAGGCCAUCACAGCCAUCAUCACACGCAUAACGAUGAAAAGAAGGACGAAGACGCAGCUAGUGGCGAGGAUGCAAGCGGCAAAGAAAGCACAAAGGAUGAGCCAGAAAAGAAUGACGAUACAACUUCCCCUGAUUCAGAAGAACCUUCCGAAACGGUUGAAGAAAAAAAGAGCGAAGCCCCACCCGAGAAGCCGCCGAAGGCUGAGAAACGCAAGGGCAAUGUCUUUACAAAAAUCGUCAACCAUUUCAAAUCCAAGAGCAAGAGCAAAACGGAUACGGAGACUAAGCCGUCUGAUGCUGAAGAGGAAACCGCAAAUGAGGAUGGCGAAAGUUCUUUCAUCCAAAUGGAAUCGUCGGUAAAGGAUCCUAAUGCGAUUAAAGCGGUAGAGGACAGCACGUCUAUUAAUGGGGAAGCUGCGGACAAUGCGGUGAAGACCACUGAUGCCACUAUUUUGGGCGGCGUUAAGGGGGCCACCAUGGCUAGCGUAGAGAAUCCUACUGGGGACGUGGUUGCUGACAGCAACCGAAUGAUGGUAUUUGCAGCAAGCCAAUUCCUACGAGAUAGCGUUAGGUUUCCGUCACUUUUCGCACGCGAAAAAGAUGUCACGGUUGCAGAUGAGAACCCAUUUGCUAAACUACUCAGACCUUUCGGAGAUGGCACGUUUUACUGGUUCAAAUCCACAAAGUCAGUUGACAGUAACGAUGGGUGCACUAUUGCUGGUAAGGUAGACAGCGUUUUGGCAACCGAAUCUGCCACCAACUUUCGCAAGUCUGUGUCUGAAGAGAUAGUCGCCCUUCCUGCGCCUCCAUCAUCUGAAAAGGAUUCACACCCCACGUCAGAGGUGGACCAAAAAUCAACAAAACAAGACCCUUGCAAGCUUACAGAAACAGGAACUGAUGCAGAAAUUCUCACUACGUCACAUUCGUUCUUAGAAAGCUCCGCAGAAGUUGAGAAAAAGGCCAGCAAAACGAAUCCGGUUUUCUCGUUUUUCAAGAAGAUUGGUUCAACUAUCAGGGGAUGGUUCAAAUCUAGUGCCCCGUCUGGUACGGAAGCGGUUACUGACCCCGACAGCAAUGAUGUCACCCCUUGGUUUGUUGAGGUCCAAAACGGGUUCCGCAGAUUAGGGCGCUCUAUUAGAAAGCCGUUCGAAAAGAAAACUAAGACAGAAAAAGUGUCGUUGCUACAAACAGGGGCAGAGGUUACUGGUGCGUCAGAAAGAAAGAAUGAACGGCAAGGGCUCUUCACCCGCAUUUGGGGGAACAUCGUCGACUUCUUUAAACCACCCCGCGUGACCCCACCGAAACGUGCCGAGGAGGUGCAAGAUAUCCCCAAAUUUGAUGCGAAAAGUUACUUUAAGGCAAUGGAAGAUCUAGAAAAGAAAGCAAAGAAACCUAAUUAUUCCUUUCUCGACACGGAUUCUGAAGCGCAAUACGUCGUGUAUGACUUUGGAAAAGAAAAGGAUGAUACCUUUUACACAAAUCAAGACGCGUCAAAAACGGACUUUGUAGAAGCAGGCAGUGCUGAUUCUGGUUAUGAAUUGACUGGCGUUACUUAUGAGCCGACAGAUUCGGACAGUGCCUUUGUAGCGAACAGGCCAUAUGGUACUCUCGAGGAAGCGCUGCCAUCCGACAGCGACCAAGAUACCACACUCGAAAGAUCGAAUGAGGGUGAUGAAUAUUCAUCAUACAACGGACUUAAGGGGUCAACCGGCGAGGAACAGACCCAUAACAUUACAUCACCUGUAUACAGUAAAAUGUGCUCCAACGGCGCACCAAAUUCUGUUUUGCAAAAUAGUUUGGAGUCCCGUGGUUUUAAAACACGUCAAAACUGCGUUAAUGGAUAUUUGGGAAGGGACUGCGUGAAAUCAAAGAAAACUUUUGACAAAUGUGCGCCCAGCGCCGAGGACGAAUCCCUGAAGAAGCGUAAACGCCGAGUUUUCCUGAACUUCAUCGACAAAAUCGUUGAUAACAUCGAGAACCUACUGACGACGAACAGCACCCCUGUGAGCGAUGAGAAAACCGUCGACUGCAGCAACGAGAGUGCUGCUGUUGAUGGGCCCCAAGAUAGCACGGUAUCCAAUGAUGGCAAUCCGAUCGAAACAUCGGCCGAAACCACCGCAGGAACUAAAGUGGAAGAGCUAGCCAAUUUCCCUGAUGAAGCGGAUUACGAAGGAACGAUGAAAGCGAUGCGCCUUAUUGGAAACGUCAACGACUCUGUUCACUCCAUAGUUGAUGGGGAUACAUCUAAGCUACUUGACGGUGAUAGAACCAACGCGGAAAACACCCUCUACUACAUGCCAAUACGGGGCAACGAAUCAUCGGCAACCAGUGCAACAGAACCUUCACAAGCGGAAUCUGAAGAGGCCCUGCUCAGUGCAUCGGACGUAAAUGGCGAUGAGCCAACUGAACCCGAGUUACCUCGUCCGGAGGACACCGAAAGCAUCGUGAGCGCUGGCGAAAGCCCAGAAUAUCCGAUCUACACCUCGGAUGUCGAGUCCAAUAGCGAGAAGCCAAGUGAAAUUUCGUCAGAAAGUACCAGUGAAAAUGGCACACCUGAUCCAGCCGUCUCACCGAGUGACGAUGGAACGGUUGCCAAGACGGACGUAGACGGAACGGUUGGAAAGGUGGACGUAGACGGAACGGUUGGAAAGAUGGACGUAGGAUCUCACGAUGGUACCCUUUCUGAGCCUGCUGUUAAUGAUGCUGCAUCGAAGGGCACAACCGGAGAUGCAACGGUUGACAAUGUUACGAAUAUUACAGAUGCACCAACGAGCGACGCCACUGCUGACGUGCAAGUAGAGCCUAAAAGCGUCGAUAAGGUCGAAACGAUCGAGAUCACUUCACAGCCUGCCACGCCGACCGAAAACAAGGGGAUCACAGAUGAAACGAAGAGCGGGGACGUCGCAACUAAAUCCGCCGCCGAUACUGGCACAGUGACAGCGAACGUAACGCAAUCACCGAUGUUGGUUAUCGUGAAUGCGAAUGCCGGCAGCGGUGUUGUUCAGAAGCCGUCGAAGCUGAGCGUGUCAGAGGAAACUGAAAUUCCCAAACUACUAAGACAGUUAGCUACGGAUGCCGUCAACCAGCUUAAAAAAAGCAGCGACGCUACACCGGAGGAUGCCGAAACAAGCUCCGUGAGCAGCGCGCUUCGCGGGGGGAGUACGCUCAACAUGGCAGACAUGACCGAUGACGAGCGCAUCCAGCGGCGCCUCAAGGAUUAUUUGCGCGACUUCCUCAAGACGAGUGCCUAA